GAGGAUGCAGAAGAAGAUGACGCUCACCAGCUUUUUACCUGCGCCUACUCAGCUAUCUCAGGACCAACUUGAAGCUGAAGAAAGGGCAAGAUCUCAGCGAUCACUGCAGACCUCUCUGGUUUCCUCUCGAAGGGAGCCUCCCUCAUAUGGAUACAGGAAAGGCUGGAUUCCACGGUUGCCGGAGGAUUUUGGAGAUGGAGGUGCUUUCCCUGAAAUCCAUGUGGCCCAGUAUCCUCUGGAUAUGGGGCGACAGAAAAAAAUGUCCAAUGCUCUGCCCAUUCAUUUGGAUCAGGAAGGGAACAUUAAAUAUGACACAAUUGCUCGACAGGGACAUUCCAAAGACAAGGUCAUUUAUAGCAAAUAUACUGACCUUGUUCCAAAGGAGGAUAUGAUUCCACAUGACACAGAAACGCCAAGGCCCGAUGAGGAGACUAUUAAAGAAAUUACAGAAAGGACAAGGGCAGCUGUGGAGAAGAUUGUAGCAAAGAAGAUCGGUGGGUCCAAGCUGGUUCGGGCAGCUGCAAAGCAGCCUCCUGCCCAGUAUGUCCAUUACACGCCAUCUCAGCAAGGAAAAGCAUUUAAUUCGGGAGCUAAACAGAGGAUUAUUCGGGUCAUUGAAAGGCAGAUAGACCCAAUGGAGCCUCCACGAUUCAGGAUUAAUAAGAAAAUUCCCCGCGGACCCCCAUCUCCUCCUGUACCUGUGAUGCACUCUCCUCCUCGGAAGAUUAGUGUAGAAGAACAGAAGGAGUGGAAGAUCCCGCCAUGUGUAUCCAGGUGGAAGAACUCGAAGGGUUAUACAAUCCCACUGGAUAAACGGGAGGCUGCUGAUGGAAGAGGACUUCAGCCUGUCCGCAUAAAUGAAAACUUUGCCAAACUGUCUGAAGCACUAUACAUUGCUGAACGGAAGUGUCGAGCAGCAGUGGAAAUGCGAGCCCAAGUAGAGAGGAAGAUGGCUGAAAAAGAAAAGGAGAAACAUGAAGAGAAACUUAGAGAAAUGGCCCAGCAAGCCAGAGAAAGAAGAGCUGGGAUCAAAACCCAUGUGGAAAAAGAGAAUGGAGAGGCCCGUGAGAGAGAUGAAAUCCGUCAGGACAGGCGAAAAGAGAGGCAGCAUGACCGGAACCUUUCCAGGACAGCUCCUGAUAAGAGGUCAAAACUACAGAGAAAUGAAAAUCGAGACAUCAGUGAAGUCAUCGCUCUUGGUGUGCCCAAUCGUCCAACUUCCAAUGAAGUUCAGUAUGACCAAAGGCUCUUCAACCAAGCCAAGGGUAUGGACAGUGGAUUUGCAGGUGGAGAAGAUGAAAUUUACAAUGUUUAUGAUCAGGCCUGGAGGGGUGGCAAAGACAUGGCUCAGAGUAUCUACAAGCCCAGUAAAAAUCUGGACAAGGACAUGUAUGGUGAUGACCUGGAAACCAGGAUAAAGACCAACAGAUUUUUUCCUGAUAAGGAGUUUUCUGGUACAGACCAUAGACAGAGGGACCGAGAAGGACCAGUUCAGUUUGAGGAAGAUCCUUUUGGUUUGGACAAGUUUUUGGAAGAAGCAAAACACCACCGUGGCUCUAAAAGAUGCUCUGAUAGCAGUCACUCCAAGGAACAAGAGCCGGAAGGCAAGAAGCAGAGGAAGCAGUAGAGGGGCCUCUUAAAACUGAAAUGUGACAUAUACAGCAGAGGACUGCUUGGUCUGGCCUCAGUGAGAGGAGAUGCACCUAACCCUUGAGACACUUGAGACCCCAGAGACUGGAGACAUCCUCUUGAAGCAGAGUAAAGAAGAAUGGAAUGAGGAACUGUAACAGGGGGGACCUGGAGGGA